GCCACUCUUCCUGUGCCUGCGCGGUCUCCCGUCACUGCUGUUUCUGUGACCUUCUCCCACACACUUGUUGUUCGUUUCCGAUUUACUAACAGCUCGGGUGACGAACAGUUGUCAGGAACAGAUCCCUGUCGUAACCCAGGGACUGCCUGCACUUUGAAGCCUUUAUAAAGGUUAAGUAAAAAUGGUCUCCUUUAAUGUGCCUUGGUCUCCAAACUGCAAGAAUGAGCGAUGCUUUGACUUUUUAACAAUUUCACAAGCCUGUGACAUUUUAUUUGUGGCAUCCUUUGAUAUUCCAAAUGAUAUGCGGGACGGUUGCGUCGCAAGGUCAAGUGCUGCCUAUCACCAUGUUUUAUCAGGUAUGUCGGCUUAUAUCAAACUGGGCAUUGACUCCAGAAAGCUGGUGAUGGGCGUUCGUUGGUCCGGUUAUGACUAUACUUGCCAGCGCUUUCUCGGGGCUAGCAGCUGUGAAUUGGAAAUGACUGCCCAAAGUGUUCCUUGUAGUUAUUCUGCUGCAAGAAAGAUCCCAUAUAAAGAGAUCGUGCAGCGCCUGCCAAGAUCACUGACUGGCAGAUUCUGGGAUGACGAUCAGAAAGCCCCGUAUUUUGUCUACUUGGAUGGUAGAACAUAUCACGAGGUCUGGUACAAUGAUCCAGAGAGCAUUUCAAUGAGGUCAUCGAUCCUGAAGAAACUGAAACUCCGUGGCAUUGGUGUGUUGGCUGCAAAUAAUAUAAACUACACUGGUGAUGCCAGAGCAGCAAUGCAGGCUGAAGAAAUGUGGAAUGCUCUGUGCCCUCCCUGAUGAAUGUACUGAGUUUGAACCAUUUAAUUUUUGUAUAAUCUGAUCACUUGCAAGAAAACAAAAUAAAAAUAAACUAAUUUCCAGCAAUAGCAGUUAAAUAAACAUUGAUUCAUAAAAAAACGUAACAUUUUAUCUAAUAAAUUUAAAUGAAAAGCGGUGUACUAAUAAAUAUGUACUGGAAUGUUUACAAUUUCAAGCAGCUUCGAUUGUUUGUAAUUGUAUUAACACUGUAUUAAUUGACAAAUUGUUCAAUGACAGCACAAGGUAAAUCUUCUUGCUACUUAGAUUGUUCUUUGGAUUGUCGGUAUUUAUCUCUCCCACUGGGCACUGAUUUAACUCUGAUAACGUACAUGUGUGUCAUCUGUUUAAUUUUUUGGUCUCUAUGAUUUCAUUUCUGCCUUGUUACAAGUUUAAGUGUCAGUAGUAGUAGUACCAUGUCAGGGCGGCAUGGUAGCGUAGCGGUUAGCAUGACACUAUUACAGUGCCAGCGACCCGGGUUCAAUUCCCGCCGCUGUCUGUAAGGAGUUUGUACGUUCUCCCCGUGUCUCCGUGGGUUUCCUCCGGAUGCUCUGGUUUCCUCCCACAUUCCAAAGACAUAUGGGUUAGGAAGUUGUAGGUGUGCUAUGUUGGCGCCAGAAGCGUGGCGACACUUGCGGGCUGCCCCCAGCACAUUUUCAGUAACAUAAAAAGAUGCAUUUCAUUGUGUGUUUCAAUGUACAUGU